ACGUUCAUCCCCUGUGCCUUAUCCUCCUCCCAUUAAAAACUCAGGAAAUCGCUGCUCGCUAGGCAACGGAGAGGAAAGGGCAGAAAACACGGGCUCCACUGUUUUUCUGCAUCACGACUGGUCACCCGCUGUAGAUUGAAGAGUGAUCAUCACCAACACUUCGGUAUUGGAAAUGGAAGGUCCCCACAACCAAAUUAGUGCUAAUGAUGGAGAUGUGAAAGAAACCGAGAAUUCUGAAGACCUGGGCAAGAAGAACUGUUGGCAUGAUAUGUCCCCUGAGGAAGAGGAUCUCAUUCAUAGGCUGCACCGUCUACUUGGUGACAGGUGGGCACUGAUCUCAGGGAGACUUCCAAAUAGGCAAGCGGAAGAGAUUGAGAGGUACUGGAAAAUGAGAGAGCGAAGACAACAGGGAAACACCAAGGUCUUCAAGCCUGUUUGCGUCAGGGUGAAGCCACCAUUAAACUUUGGUUUCCGUUAGAAUGACUGGAUGUAAAAGACAGCAUCUUCGUCUGCCCUCUCAAUUAUUACGGGAAAACUUCCUUUGAUUGGGACGUGAUCUCUAUCCAACAAAGAUAUUAUUGCUAUCA